AUGCUUCUGCAGGGGGAGACAUCCCGUACGGCACAGCUGCCUGACCUUUUCAUCCUUCAGCUUUCAAAUGAGGGGCCCACUCCAUGCUGGCCUAUGAUUCUCAUCACAGAUAAUGGCAAGACCAACCAGCUGGGGCGGCUGAAGUAUGCUGCUGUGAUGAGACAUAAGAAUCCUCUACUCUGUACAAUAUCUCAUCUGGCAUUCUAUCUGUUCUACCGCUGGAAUAUUGAUCCCUUCAAGCCUCUUUCGUACGAUACUCAGCUUCAAUUUGAUUCGUACGAGAGAUUGAGCCAGAAACAGAGACAGACACAGAAGAGGGAAAGAGAAGCAGCAGAAAUGGAAGAAGUGAAGAAGACAGAGCAAGAAUUGUCAGAGAAUGAACAAGACUUAGCAGCUCAGAGAUUUCUGCGGCUGCUGAAGCAGCUUCAUACAGUGAUUCUUCAGGACUCUGUGCUUCUGCAGAGGCAGUUCCCUGACCACCCUCUAUGGUCAGAUGCUCUCUUCGUACGAGAGGAUUAUCAGAAGUAUACUCUUCAGAUUGUUCAGGCUCUUGAGACAGCUGUGGAGCCUCAGAAGAUUCAGAUUCAGCGAGUAGUAUCUGUCAUUGCUGAUCAGCUGAAAAAUGUGCGACAGGAGAUGAUUCAGUCCAUUGAUAAGUGGGGUUAUGAGAAUCAACAGCUGCAGCAAAAAAUGGCUCAGCAGCUUGCUGAUCUAGUUGAUGGUCAAAUCAUUUUCUCCAUACAGGCAGUUCCUCAGAGAUCUGCUGCUCAGAAUUCAGUGAUGAAUCUGGCUGCCAUUCCCUCUACUUUCUCUCUGCCCUCCUCUUCUUCUACUUUUUCCAGAGACAUCGUACAGAGGUCAGUGGAGUCAGAGAUGGAGAUGAGACAAUCAUCAUCUAACAAUGCUGAAUCUGUGGAUCUGACAGCCACACUUCUCACCUCUUCCCGGACAGGAAAUGGCUAUUCUCUUUCCCGUACAAUACAGUCAGUGCCUGAUCUGUGGCGGGAGUGGACCACUGGUCUGGGGGGUGGUCCAUCAGUGCAGAGCCUGGAGGAUCAGGGAGGCAGCUGGCGCAAGGGCUCCUCCAAGGAGCAGGUGAUGUUCUGCCGGUGA